AUGGUGAAUUGUAGAGGAGAUCACGUGGAACUAAUCACGUGCCCCAAUUGUGGCCCAAGCUCCAGCUGUCGGAGCGGCUCAUCCGAUCCCUUCCAAUUCAAACACCCGUCACUCGAUUCAUGGGGCCACUCGUUGCAGAGUGGCUCACGUACAAUCAUGUCGGACUCCUUUAGCCUUCCGCUUCGCCCUAUCAUCGAAAAACGCGACCGCCAGGAUUCAUUGCCCCGCGACAUCGCCCAGAUCAACACGCAAUGGGGGUCGUUCCGCGAGCUCAACGAGACGAAGCUACGGGAGAGGAUCGAGGAGGAUAAAAAUAAGGAUCCAUGGGAAGAAGACGAUGCUGGCGACAAGGAUGCAAUAGAUUUGGAUGCCUCAGAGCAGAAGGACCAGCUGUACAAACGCCGUGCUGAGAUUAUCAAUUUCGCUCUACAGGCUCACAUGGAAACCGCCUUUGCCUUAGAUUUCAUCUCUCUGUUGCUUUCUAAACACAAUGCCCGUCAGGCUGAAAUGUCCAUGUCCCAGUUCUUAAAGGGCGCCAUACCGCUUGGGACUCUGAGCGCCGAGGUCAUUAACCCACCCCCGAGACCAGAUUCCACCCUCAAAGACAUCAAGUCCGUAUCAAGGGGAUGGCGGUUGCAGAACUUCAGUUCAGCCGCAAACAAGCUUUUGAACGCCGGCUCGAGACUGGAAACAGAGAUCAACUCGGAGACCAAGUACUGGGAUGAGGUAUUAGCUGUCAAAGAGAAGGGAUGGAAGGUCUGCAGACUGCCAAGAGAGGGGCAGGCUCUCGCGGUACAAUAUGGAUUUUUGGAGGCUACGCCUAUUUUCCGCGACCGAGGGCUCGCCGCUUUACGAAGGACCGACGACGGAAGCUUGUUUUUGGACAAAGGGUUGAUACCUGGAAAAGCGAAAGGAGUACGCGUGAGGGUGAAACAGGGCAAUCGCGUCGUUGGCUGCUCGAAAGUGUGCCGACCGCCAGAGGGAGCCGAGUCGAUUGAAAGCCGGAUCUUACAAGCCCGCGAUACAGUAUUUGAGGAGGAGCUUUUCUACGAAAUGAUGCGCGAAGCUAGAGUAUUAGGCAACCAAGGGGUAACAACACGACAGAACCUGGUGGAGGUCCCUGUAUCUGGAGAGCAAGAGAUAUUAUUGGAUCUGGUUGACUGGGAUCAGGACCAUGACCCGGAGGUGGCUGCUUCUGGCGAGCAAGAUGUCUUUGCAGAUGCAGUUGCGCACUCCAUUCGCAUUCUCCUGGCCUACGCGCACCGCCAAAACCUUCGGCGAAGGACCCAACCGCCACCUGCAUUGACUCCUAAGCGUCGACCUGUUCCUGAAUAUCACAUCCUCCGGCCAAUCAUGGCAUACCUACAGCAUAAAUCCCACCUAGAAUGGCUGAAGUCAUUCAUGGAUGAUCUGCGCGAUGUACUUGAAUCAGCCGGCAUCAAGUGUGAAUUCCACGCGACCCAAUUUUCGUCGAUCGGCACAUUGCAACCCAGCAUCCAAGUGCCAAAGGUUGAAGCACUGGCUAGGGUGUUCCUGGCUCCGUUCGAGUCAACGUUUUCGGGAACGCUGGUUGAUACACAGAGCUCGUUCCAGGUUCGACUUCGGACCAGUCCCGUGAUCCCGCCGCUUGGUACCUUUUAUGACAUCUCAUUCAGCCAUCCACCGUUUCCCGAUGUGCUGUCUCCCGGCCGCGUUGGGCUACAGGAUGAAGUUUCUUCAAUGGUUACCCACUAUUGCAUGCUAGAUAUAGUGGCAGCUAUCUCGCAAAAGUCAGAUAAGCAAGAGCAAGGCGCGGGGGAGAUAUCCUGGGAAGCUUUGUUUCCCCACCAUGGGCAGCUCCGGGAUCCCACUGAUGAAAGGAGGAAGAUGAUUGUCAGCCUGUCUCGGGAGGAGCUGUCAAUCAAAGGACACUUUUUAGCUCUGGGCGAAGGAUAUGGCAACCGGCCGCCGAAAAUGUCGGAGACAUGGAAACCCGAGCCUGGGGAAUUGAAGCCAAACCUGGCCGAAUUUGUUUCCCAGGCGUCCCAGUUGUCUUCGUGGUGA